CCGGUCCUGAGCCCCGCGCGCGCGGGCGGGAUGCCCCGCGGCCGCUGCACUUUGGCUCAAGCGCUGCCCUGAGCCGGUCGGGCCCGCAGGCGCCAUGGAGCAGUGGCGGCAGUGCGGCCGCUGGCUCAUCGACUGCAAGGUCCUGCCGCCCAACCACCGGGUGGUGUGGCCCUCGGCCGUGGUCUUCGACUUGGCGCAGGCGCUGCGCGACGGGGUACUCCUGUGCCAGCUGCUGCACAACCUCUCCCCCGGCUCCAUCGACCUCAAGGACAUCAACUUCCGGCCGCAGAUGUCCCAGUUCCUGUGUUUGAAGAACAUACGGACCUUCCUGAAAGUCUGCCAUGAUAAAUUCGGAUUAAGGAACAGCGAGCUGUUUGACCCCUUUGACCUCUUCGAUGUGCGAGACUUUGGAAAGGUCAUCUCCGCGGUGUCAAGGCUCUCGCUGCACAGCAUUGCGCAGAACAAAGGAAUCAGGCCUUUUCCCUCAGAGGAGACCGCAGAGAAUGACGAUGACGUCUACCGAAGCCUGGAGGAGCUGGCUGACGAGCAUGACCUGGGGGAGGACAUCUAUGACUGCGUCCCGUGUGAGGAUGGAGGGGACGACAUCUACGAGGACAUCAUCAAGGUGGAGGUGCAGCAGCCCAUGAAAAUGAGCAUGACUGAGGAUGACAAAAGGAAUUGCUGCCUGCUGGAGAUCCAGGAGACCGAGGCCAAGUACUACCGCACCCUGGAGGACAUAGAGAAGAACUACAUGAGCCCCCUGCGGCUGGUGCUGAGCCCAGCAGACAUGGCAGCUGUCUUCAUUAACCUGGAGGACCUGAUCAAGGUGCAUCACAGCUUCCUGAGGGCCAUCGACGUGUCCAUGAUGGUGGGGGGCAGCACGCUGGCCAAGGUCUUUCUCGAUUUCAAGGAAAGGCUCCUGAUCUACGGGGAGUACUGCAGCCACAUGGAGCAUGCCCAGAACACUCUGAACCAGCUCCUGGCCAGCCGGGAGGACUUCAGGCAGAAAGUCGAGGAGUGCACGCUGAAGGUCCAGGAUGGAAAAUUUAAACUACAAGACCUGCUGGUGGUCCCCAUGCAGAGGGUGCUCAAAUACCACCUGCUCUUGAAGGAGCUUCUGAGCCAUUCUGCAGAACGGCCUGAGAGGCAGCAGCUCAAAGAAGCACUGGAAGCUAUGCAGGACUUGGCGAUGUACAUCAAUGAAGUUAAACGGGACAAGGAGACCUUGAGGAAAAUCAGCGAAUUUCAGAGUUCUAUAGAAAACUUGCAAGUGAAACUGGAGGAAUUUGGAAGACCAAAGAUUGACGGGGAACUGAAAGUCCGGUCCAUAGUCAACCACACCAAGCAGGACAGGUACUUGUUCCUGUUUGACAAGGUGGUCAUCGUCUGCAAGCGGAAGGGUUACAACUAUGAGCUCAAGGAGAUCAUCGAGCUGCUUUUCCACAAGAUGACCGACGACCCCAUGAACAACAAGGAUGUCAAGAAGUGGUCCUACGGCUUCUACCUAAUUCACCUUCAAGGAAAGCAGGGCUUCCAGUUUUUCUGCAAAACAGAAGAUAUGAAGAGGAAGUGGAUGGAGCAGUUUGAGAUGGCCAUGUCAAACAUCAAGCCGGACAAAGCCAAUGCCAAUCACCACAGUUUCCAGAUGUACACGUUUGACAAGACCACCAACUGCAAAGCCUGCAAAAUGUUCCUCAGGGGCACCUUUUACCAGGGAUACAUGUGCACCAAGUGUGGCGUCGGGGCACACAAGGAGUGCCUGGAAGUGAUACCUCCCUGCAAGUUUACUUCUCCUGCAGAUCUGGACGCCUCCGGAGCAGGACCAGGUCCCAAGAUGGUGGCCAUGCAGAAUUACCAUGGCAACCCAGCCCCUCCCGGGAAGCCUGUACUGACCUUCCAGACGGGCGACGUGCUUGAGCUGCUGAGGGGUGACCCUGAGUCUCCGUGGUGGGAGGGUCGUCUGGUGCAAACCAGGAAGUCAGGGUAUUUCCCCAGCUCAUCUGUGAAGCCCUGCCCUGUGGAUGGAAGGCCACCCAUCAGCCGGCCGCCGUCCCGGGAGAUCGACUACACUGCAUACCCCUGGUUUGCAGGUAACAUGGAGAGGCAGCAGACGGACAACCUGCUCAAGUCCCACGCCAGCGGGACCUACCUAAUCAGGGAGCGGCCUGCUGAGGCUGAGCGCUUUGCAAUAAGCAUCAAGUUCAAUGAUGAAGUGAAGCACAUCAAGGUGGUGGAGAAGGACAACUGGAUCCACAUCACAGAAGCCAAGAAAUUCGACAGCCUCCUGGAGUUGGUGGAGUACUACCAGUGCCACUCACUCAAGGAGAGCUUCAAGCAGCUGGACACCACACUCAAGUACCCCUACAAGUCCCGGGAACGCUCGGCCUCCAGGGCCUCCAGCCGGUCCCCAGUGUUCACGCCCCGCGUCAUUGGCACGGCUGUGGCCAGGUACAACUUUGCCGCCCGAGACAUGAGAGAGCUUUCGCUGCGGGAGGGUGACGUGGUGAGGAUCUACAGCCGCAUCGGCGGGGACCAGGGCUGGUGGAAGGGCGAGACCAAUGGACGGAUUGGCUGGUUUCCUUCAACGUACGUAGAAGAGGAGGGCAUCCAGUGACGGCAGGAACGUGGACAAGACACACAGAUUUUCUUGGGAGAGUCACUCCAGCCCUGAAGUCUGUCUCUAGCUCCUCUGUGACUCAGAGGGGAAAUACCAACCUCCCAGUCUUCCACCACCCACAGGGAUGGGAAGGGUGUUGAGAAUCCUAAACUCGAACCGUUUCACUGUCAGCCUGCCCUUGGCGACCCAUCACUGGGUAUGCUAUUGUACAUAGAGGAAACCUGGGCUCGCCCCACCCAGAGCACAGAGGAGGGGGCACCAGCAGCACUGCAAGCCAGGCUCUGGGUAGCAGUUGAGGCCGGAAGCCCAUCGCCUGCCCCCGUCCAACUGAGAUGGCGGUCAGGAGCCUAGGUUUGAACAGCAGAUGCUGUCCCAGGAAGGGCUAGGGACAGCAGAGGGGACCUGCCCCCAGCCCCUCUGCUUAGCCCCUGGACUCAGCCUUGCCUGUCUUUUCCUGCUGCUCCCAGGGGGAGGUGUCAGGCCUCGGGAGGCAGAUGGGACCAGAGCCAGGCUGUUCACUGUGGGCCCACUUGUCCCACUGUGCUAGGGCGCAGGAGGAGAGAGCACUACAGUGGCCCUCUGCAGCCACUCUGGCUCCCCAGACUUCCCUGACUCCCCCACUCCCCUCCAUGGCAGGGGCACACCCAGACCCCACAGGGCAGGCCCCUCUCUUGGGAGGAGCCUUUAGGAGGAUGAAAUUCCAACCCUGCUCCCUGGUCAGUGGUACUGUUUCCUGCCUUCUCUCUGAGAGACCCUUUUUGGAGUCCCGGGAAGGUGUUUGCCUGGCCCCGGCCCUGCUGCCAGGUCAGUACAUCUUUUGUAAAAACCCUGAAAUGGGCAGGGAAGAAAACAGGGAUUUCUCCUCUCUAGAUUCCUGCCAGGUCCUUCUCCAGGAGGCCCCUCUGCUGUCCUGCAGGGUGGUCCCUGAGGGUCUGCCCAGCCUUGGCAUGAGAGGUUGGUUCUAGCCCCUGGCAGGGCUUCCUUCCAAGGGUCCCUGCAGCCUUCAAACUGGGCCUUGGGCAACUCAAGAGUAAGUGCUCUUGGGAGUGGUUCUACCCCAUUACCUCCCCCAGCCACAACUCCUGGCCUUUGACCUCCGGCUGGGUUAGCCAGAUCCUGGUUUCUCUACCUGGCAGCAGUGUCUCCCUCCCAGCUCCUUGCCAAAGCCUCUGUUGAGACCUGGGCUUCCUGUAGCCCCUUAUCCCUCUGGCCAGCUGCACAGCCUAUGGGAGGUGCCUGGCCCAGGUUGGGUAUGGGGGAGGCUGAUCCCUGCUGUGGGUGGCGCUGGGGACCUGCGGGCUUCUUCUGAGUUUGGCCUUGUGACCUCUGAGCCUUAUGCUUCUGGGGCGUAGGGAAGAGGUGGGAGGAGUCACGGGGAUGGGGAGCGGCAGGAUGAGAGUGGCCCUCGACAAAGGCUUGGGAAAUGAGGGGAGGUGGAGGCAGGGCAGGGGAAGCGAGGAGUCGGCCUGGGAGAGAGCACCCUGGGGCCUGCGUGUCAGGGUACACCUAGCACUUUGUGCCCCACGGCCCAGCAGGCGUCGAGGAUGGAGGGGAGGAAGCCAGUAGCCCCUGUGUUGACUGUCGUCAGAAAGGUCUUGUGUUUUGGUUUUGGGGUUUUUGUUGUGUUGUGUUUUUUUGGCUUGUUUGUUUUUUUAAGGGGAAAAAAGUUUGUAAUUAUUUCAUCCAAAUCUCCCGUUAUAUAUCUGUGAAUAAUAAGAGAUUUUAUAAUCGCAAGAAAAUGAUGUAUAUUUUAGUUUGUUGACAAAUAAGUCAUCAUGAUCACAAAGGACACUGAGAAAAAAUAAUUUAGAACCCUGACCUUUCGUGAAUUUUUUUUGUUUUGUGUUUGUUUGUUUUGAGAUUUGUAUUUGGUUUGGUUUGGUUUUUGCACUGCACAAAGGCAGGAGGGUUGGAGGGCUGAGUGCAGCCGGGAAGUCCGAUGGUUUUCAGCAGGAGACGGGGUGUCCUCUGCCGGGGGCUAAACUGCAGAGGCCUGAGAUUAGCUGUGAACAUGUGGGAGCCCGAUGCAUGCGGGUCAGGGAUCUGGGCCCCCCUCCCCCCACGCUGGUGGCAACCCCAAAUGGACACAAACUGUACAUUUACCAAUGGGUUUUUUUCAGACCAUGGUUUUUACUUGCAAAUAAACCUGAGUUCUUUUCUGCA